AUGUUCCGUUCUUUCAUCGUUCUUGUGAUCGCCCUCGCCUUCUUGAGCACAUGUACCGCCUAUCCGGGUGUCAGACUUCCAGAGAGAAGAAUCCGCGGCGACGUCGACUCCGUCUUCUUCUCGCCAUUCAGAAUCAUCGGAAAGCGUGCUCAGGUGUCUGGACCCGCCUAUGACGACCUCGGCGAGUACCUCAUGAAUCCUGACUUUCCUUGA